UAUUUCCUGACAGGGUUCUUUCCCCCAUCAUCAAAGGGGGGACAGCAGGCCUUGGCCCUUUCCUGUGGGUUGGUCCCCAAGAAUGGAUGAAAUGAAACAAAACGUGUGGUUUUGCUAUUUAUAGGCCAUGGCAUCUGUGGAGACUGUGUGGCCCUCAGCUGGUAUACUGGGAGGGUUCAACCACUACCAGGACAUCCAGUCUGAAAUCCUUCAGUGGUGGAAAACCGAGGAUUCCCCAGAUCCUUUCUCUCCUGAGAUCUUGGAUGCGGCUCAACCUGAGGAGAUCCAGCAAAUCAAGCAAGAGUGUGAUGAAUCAUGUUGGGAUAUUGAUUUUCUCCUGAAGAAUUUCUCUGUCCCAGAACCAAAUGCAAAUAGUGCUCCUCAGUUAGGCCAAGAGGAACAGCCUUCAGUGUCUGCUGUCUGUCAGAAAGUAGCCAUGGUGGAGGAAAACAGGGAGAGGCUUCCGGAAAACAACAGGGUUCAACAGGGACCCUCAGACCUGGAUGCCAAAUUCCAACUAGGAGAGGAGUCUAUGGAUUGUGUUCCUGGUGCCCUGCAGAGCUAUGCCCAGGAGGUGACAAAUCCAAAUAAUAGUCUGUUAUUCUCCACCAACCAAAUUUUUGCCCAGACAGACUUUGAAACUCCUGUUUCUGAGAGUCAGCAUCGUGGGGAAGCCAAACACAGAGCCCAUGGACAGUAUUAUCAGAUGACCUAUGAAGCUUAUGUCCACCCAGCCCCUCCUUUGCUGGGCAAACAUGCUUCUUAUAGUCAGUCCCCAGCGGUGCCCUCUCAACCACAGCACUGCAGCCUUUCGAACGGCUACCACCCUUUCUACUACAGCCAGUGCCAAGCCCGGGUCCAGCUGUACCAGACAGAUCCUGCUCUGACCAGGUUGCCCCUUUUGGGUUUCUUGACACCUCCUCUGCCUACUAGGGAAGGCACAACGAAGCCUAAGAAGGAAGCCAAGCCUUGGCCACACAAGCGGCCUGCUAGUCACAUCUGCAGUCAUCCUAGCUGUGGCAAGACCUACACCAAGAGUUCCCAUCUGAAGGCCCACCUCCGCACUCACACAGGUGAGAAACCCUACCACUGCAACUGGGAAGGAUGUGGCUGGAAAUUUGCCCGCUCAGAUGAGCUGACUCGCCAUUAUCGCAAACACACUGGCCAUCGCCCCUUCAAGUGUCAGGUCUGCCAACGUGCUUUCUCCCGCUCGGACCACCUUUCCCUGCACUUGAAGAGACAUUCGUAACCAACCCAGAAGCAACAGUGGAUAUUCUGAACCAAGAGGGACUCUUGGAGAGAAGGAGAGUGGUUGUGGGAUGAUGUCUAUAUGUUGCUUGCAGGCAUCCAUUGCCCAGGAAUAAGGCAGAGCUUCCUUCUCAUAGGUUGCUAUUAAACGUGAGGGUCCCCAAAUGAAAUGUCCUAGAAUCCCAAAUUUAUAUGUUCUUUUCUCUUCCAUACACCACCUUGGGAAAAACAAAACUGAAGAGAAUUUUGACCACCAGGAAAAAUGCUUGUGUGAUCAGAAAUUGCCUGGAUGUGUCUGCCAUCUUAUCUUCUGCUUGUUUCCAUGGUCUUGCUUACAAUUGACUUGUAAGAAACCGGAAAUGCCUUACUAUUAUUUAUUUUACUGGCUCAGUCAAGCCUACCACAUUGCUCAGAUCUUCUACAGUAUUUAAGUAGGCAUGACCUGUUUGGUUUAGGGUUAGUGCCUCAAGGAGGUGGAAUGAGACAAACCACUAUUAAUCCGGAGACAUU